AUGCGUUGGUCCGAGCGUGUAUAUGCCUGUCUCAAUGGACGUAGGGAAAUUUUGGCAACAAAACCACUACGAGUGCUGCUGGACAACGAAAACACCAAAGCCAUGUCAAUUGAAAAGUUGUCAAGGCAGUCAUUGGAACAGAAGACUAUCACUCAUCCAGAAGAAGCUUGGUGCCAUCUCCAGUCUGCUGUAAAAGCAGCACUCAAGACCAUGAACGACGCCAAAAGAGCGGCUAAAAAGAGCCACUGUAUAUCAGCAUCUUCUUCCGAACUAACGGAUGCAGGUGAACACAUCCUUGCAGGCUCUGAGUAUAAUGAAGAGUGA